AUGAUAAAUUUUACCGAUAAUAAUUCCACACUAGCAAGAGAUUCGGCACUCAUCCCCGAAAAAACACAAGCCGAGCUUGCAGAACACAUCAACAAUAGUAGUACUAUCGAGGGCACAGAACUUGGCCCAAACGAUUCAAAAGGGGCGAAAGAACAUGUGCAUGUUGAAACAGUUCGAGAUGAAGAAGAAAUCAAUCCCUUUGAAGGACUCACCAAAGACCAAGUGGCACAAAGUGCAUUUGACUUUGCGAUAGAACAUGGACUAGAAGAAGAAGCUGAUGUUUUUGCACGGGGGGCUAUGCUGGCAUAUGACGGCAGCACUGAUCAGUUAGAAGAAGACGAACUUAUGGCCUACGACAAGGAAGUUAAUCACAAGUGGGCAGGGCAACCCUUGACUCUAUAUUAUAUGGCUAUUAUGUGUGCCAUGUGUGCGGUGGUACAAGGUAUGGAUGAGACUGUUAUCAAUGGUGCUCAGCUUUACUUUGUCAAGGAGUUUGGCAUGGAUAAGAUGAAGAACUCUGAAUGGCUGAUUGGAAUGGUUGUUGGUGCACCUUACUUGUGCAGUUUUGCUCUGGGAUGUGCCCUUACUGGUCCACUCAACAAUCUUUUGGGCCGACGAGGCGUGAUUUUCCUUUCCUGUUUUAUUGCUGGUGCAGCGUCCAUUUGGGAAUCAUUUACGUAUAGCUGGGUCCAAAUGUUUUUAGCUCGACUGUUACUGGGACUGGGUAUUGGUCCAAAAUCGUCUACAGUUCCUGUUUUUUCUGCAGAGUGUGCGCCAGCAAGGACCAGAGGUGCAUUUGUAAUGAUGUGGCAAAUGUGGACUGCUUUUGGAAUCAUGCUUGGCUUUAUUGUUGAUGUUGUGUUUUUGCCUCGAGGUAACUUGUCUGAAACUGUGGCUUGGAGACUUAUGAUGGGGUCGACUGUUGUAGCGCCCAUCUUUGUUUGCUUGCAGGUGUACUUUGUUCCUGAAUCCCCGCGUUGGUAUCUAAAGAAGAAUCGGAUUGGAGAUGCCUACAGGUCGCUUUGCCGCUAUCGAUCUCAUCGAAUUUUGGCUGCCAGAGACUUGUACUACAUGUAUCUUUUGACUGACAUUAGUGAUAAGAUGAAUCAAGGCAGCAAUCCUCUGGCUGAUAUCUUUAAGGUUGGCCGAAACCGCCGAGCUCUUUAUGCAUCACAAAUUGUCAUGUUUAUGCAACAAUUUUGUGGUGUAAAUAUUAUUGCCUACUUUUCGUCCCAAAUCUUUGCUGAUUCUGGCUAUUCCGUCCAAACCAGUAUUUUAGUUUCCAUGGGCUUUGGCAUUUUGAACUUUUUGUUUGCUUUACCUGCUGUUUUUACAAUUGACACGUUUGGUCGGCGUUCAUUGGUACUAUUUACGCUACCAUUCUUGUCACUUAUGCUGUUGUUUACUGGUUGUUCUUUUUGGAUUCCGCACCGCGAGGCUCGGGUUGGUUGCAUUACACUUGGCAUUUACCUUUAUGCCAUAUUUUACUCUCCAGGUAUGGGACCUGUUCCAUUCACAUACUCGGCUGAAGCCUUCCCACUGCAUGUUCGUGACGUGGGUAUGUCGAUGGCCACAAUUACACUAUGGGGCUUUAACUUUUUGCUGUCGCUGACUUGGCCAGCGCUGCUUAAAGCAUUCAAACCCCAGGGAGCGUUUGGUUACUAUGCAGCAUGGAAUGUAAUUGGAUUUGUGCUAGUAUUUUUGUUUGUACCCGAAACCAAGGCUCUGUCUCUAGAAGAGCUGGAUCGAGUAUUUUCGGUGCCAACUUCAAAAUUUAUCAAAAGUAACAUUGCCGGGAUGUUUGGAGGCAAGCCAGAGAAGGACGAAGAGAAGCGGUGA